CUCUGGACUUGGCCAUCAUGCGAGGCUACUGGGUGCACGCCUUCAUUCUUGACAACAUAAUUCAUAAAUCAGUAUGUGGCAGGGCUAUCAGUGGAUUCAUCAGCGGACUAAAUAAUAACGAUCCGAUGAAAACCUUCUACCAGGUUCAAUUAGGUGAAUUUCCAGCAGCUGCCACUAACUGUGGAAAUGAGGCCUUUGGAGACUGGCGCCCUCAUUUGGCCAUGAUUUUGGCUAAUUCAAUCCAUUCUGAUUUUCUAAAAGAAGUCGUUAUAAAGAUGGGAGACACCUUUGCGUCCAAAAGGACACCUUCAGUCAGCACAUGCCUGCUACAUGACUCUCCAAAUGGAACCAGGGAAAAAUGCCAGGCUAGUUCUUGUUGGAGGAGACCUCAGCUUACCGCUCGAGGAGUUUGCGUGCAACCGUGCAAUUGAGCAAACAGAAUUGUACGAAUAUUGUCUGUCUCUCAGUCGCAAUGGACUUUAUCUAUUAAACUUCCAGAUGUUCAAGAUUUUGUAUGCGAGGAGACUGUUUGGAGCAGGACAUUUUGCAGAGGCCUUAAAAUAUGCGGAGGCCAUUGGGAGAGCUUUCUUAGUGUCUGCAUCCGUCAAUCAACGAGUGCUGUCAAAUCUCCUGAAGCUAUGUGCCAUCCUACCACCAAAGAUGCAGGGAGAAUGGACUGAACCGCCCUGGAUGACGAGCCUCAAGAGGCUGGGAAAAGAUUUAGGGCUCGACGACCCGACUGAGCCUCAACAAGGUUUAGAGUCACCCAAUCAGCCACAGCAUGUGGAGGCACUGGGCACAGCUCAUAGCAGUGGGGGGGUGGAGGUGGUGCCACUGGGCACAGCUCAUAGCAGUGGGCUGGAGGUGCCCAGAGCGUCUCCUGCUGAGAAGGACAUUCCUCCUGCUCUACCCCAGGGCCAGCCUGAGGCCCAGAGUGUGGAGCCUAGAGAGGUCGUCAGCAGUCCAGCAGCCUCAACCAGUCAUGUCUCUCCUGUGAAGCUGGAAACUCAGAAGAUCGACCAUCUGAAGGAAGAAAAGCAGGAAAUAGAAGACAAACAGGACCGCUUCUCAAUCCUCACUGUUGUCCAUGAUAAUCUCAGGCACUCUGAAGAGGACAUCAGCUCAGCCUGCCCGAACGACCCAGGGAACAACAGGCGACUUCAUAAGAAGUCAUCUGCCAAGAAGCGAUUCUUGACUGCCUGUUUUGGCUGUCGGAGCAGGGCAGAGGAUUAGCUUUCUUUUUCCAGCACUGUUUCUAACCAGGUUCUCCCUAUGGCUCCUGGGAAACCCAACCAGCUCAGCUGUUUUUAAUCAACUCUUGAAGGACACAUUUAGAUCUGACCUUCAAAAUAAAUAAAACAAAAACAAUAAAUAAUACUUUUG